GUUGACUCUGACCCGGUUGAUCAAAUGGGGGAGGUGACCCCUCCGCCCAAGGCCGUGACGGCAGGGGAAGACCCCGAGCUCGGCAUUCCCCAUGCCGCCGAGAGCUCGGGAUCUUCCCCUACCGCUGCGAACCCGCCACGGCGGUGGAAGAAGUGGCAGGUCUAUACGGUCAACGGCCUCGCGCUCAUUGCCUGCUUGACCGCCGCCGUCGCUCUGGCCAUAAGCGAAAAGAUCAACUCGGAUGUGAGCAUCUCGGAACAUUUAGAUAUCGAAAGCGUUUGCGGAUCACAAAAAGCUCUAACAUCAGGCGCGCCGGACGAUUGCCUGCAGAUGAGCCUCGAGGGACCGAUGGUGGACCUAAAUUAUACAACCUACGUCGGCACCACUCGGCAGAGCGGCAUCAAUGUUUUCUUGGGGAUGCGUUAUGCAGAAGCCCCGGUGGGCGAGUUGAGGUGGAGGGCUCCGAUCGAGCCGAGCAGUGAUGGGAACAAUCGUGUUUCUAGGGCCAAAGAAUUCGGGCCCAUAUGUCUUGCAACCGAUGCAUCUUUUCCAAAUGACCAGCAAGCCGAGGACUGUCUCUUUGUCAACGUCUGGGCUCCCGAAAAUGCCACAGAAAACUCAAAGCUCCCCGUCUGGCUAUUCAUUCAGGGAGGAGGUUACACCUCAAACUCAAAUGCCAACUGGGACGGCGAGGAGGUCGUGAAGCGCAGCAACAAGAGCAUGGUUUUUGUAAACUUCAACUACCGAGUCGGCCUCUUUGGGUUUCUUGCUGGCGAGCAGGUUAAGAAGAAUGGUGACCUGAAUGUGGGACUGCUCGACCAGCGGUUGGUGAUGCAGUGGAUCCAAAAGCAUAUUUCCAAGUUUGGGGGUGAUCCCAACCACGUAGUUAUUUCGGGUCUCUCGGCCGGCGCCGGAUCGGUCGCGCUCCAGCUGGCCGCAUAUGGUGGUCGUGACGAUAAUCUGUUCACCGGCGCCAUCGUGGAGUCCAUGUUCUUCCCCGCUCAGCCAUAUCUCUCCGAGCUCGAGUGGCAGUUCGACCGCCUGGUGACAGGCGUCAAUUGCGAUGGCGGGUCGGACCAAAAGAUGGCCUGCCUCAGGGGGAAGAGCACGAAGGAUCUCCAGACGGCUAACAAGGCGUCAGCUUUCCCUGGGAGGACCCAGCCCCCAUUGCCCCUUUUUUACUGGACGCCGUGUAUCGACGGUGACCUGAUCAGGAAGCUGCCGUACGACAUGUUUGAUGAGGGAAAGAACAUAGAUGUUCCCUUGAUGGUCGGAUCAACUAGCAAUGAGGGCUCUGUGUUCGCCGCGAACGCCGAGACUAAGGAUGAGAUGCUCGAGUUCCUGCAAAACAAUUACCCGAACUUGCGGGAGCGAGACCUCGACGACAUUGUAGACCGCUACCCGCUAAUGUCCGCGCUCCCUCAGCACAAGCCGUGGUACCCAUCGACGUCCAAGGCCUACGGCGAAGCAACAUUCAUCUGCCCCACCGUCAACGUGCUGGAUGACGUGUCGUCCAACUUUCCCAACAGCAGGAACAAGACCUGGGCGUACCGCUACAACGUACAAGACAAGGACGACGUGUCCAGUGGCCUUGGCGUUCCGCACACGGCAGAGGUCGGGGCCGUGUUUGGCCCGGACAGCGUCCUCGGCCAGGCACCGGCCAGCUAUAAAACGUACAAUGCUCCCAUCGUACCCGUCGUCAUGGACUACUGGAUAUCCUUUGUCAAGACGCUGUCGCCGAAUGUACUCAAGAAUGCCGAUGCGCCGAGUUGGGAAUUGUAUGCAGGUAGGAACGGUACAAACAUCACCGCUGGGACUAACAGCACUGCUCUGGCCAACAGCCGCUUAAGGCUGGUCCUGGAGACGAAUAACACACGCAUGGAGCAGGUUCCUUCGGAUGAGGUCAGCAGAUGCCAGUUCUGGAAGUCUCUGAAGGAUCAGACGCAGCAAAAGCUCUGAUCCGGACCCCGCUAAAUUCGCGUAUGGGAACAAGUCCUUUAGAAAUAUCAUAACAACAGUUGUUGGUUAUAUGAUGGGCACUGUUUUGCACCGGCCAAGGAGCAAUAGAACUUGGAUAAAGACGAGUACCUUCAUCAGGUGGGAUAUCCAUAUAUAAAAGAUCUUAGACCUGCAUAGAUCUAGAUUCUGUUGUUGUUUUUUUGUUUCUUUUAUCGAGCAUACAACUUUUGGAUAGCUAGUUAUUCAAUGCUCAUUACUUGCUUGCCUGCUGAAAGCAAGUGCAGCCACCCGUUCGCCUUGACUAUUCCACAAUGACCGACAGGGUAUGACCGCACAUGAUUCGGUCAGUUGAGGAACGGCGGCGAGUGAUGCAUCGAAAUAGAGGAGUUGGUAAUCGUUUAUUUUAUCCUCGCGUGGCAGGUUAGAAUCAGACUUGCUCGCAGCCGCAGGUUUCGACAGUGAAAGCAUCACCGACCUGAUAUCAUCUGCAAGAGACUCGGCAGCCAUGGGCAUAUCUCCAGGUUUGACAUCACGCUUUAUAGCCACUGUGGUGUGAACAAAAGUUGAUUCCCGAAUCUUGACAAGAGUCUGAUGCGCGUCCCAAGAUCGUGAUUGCGGGUCAGAAGCCUCACUCGAUGGCGACGAGAGGCUGCGCAAAGUAACACUUCGGGCCUCGAGAUUCGAGAAUCCGGCUUGGGCAUGCCACUCGACAUCCGACUGGCGCGGAAGCUCCUCAACCUCGGCCAAGAAGAAAGGUGGAACGGUGGUCACGGCUUGCACUGGUUGUCCCAUGGUGCUUGGCUGGCUGAUGACUUCAAAAUUGGGAAGAUGAAAGCUGCUUUGGUCUUGCCGAUCCUUGUAAUCCAUAAAAGCUGGAUUAUACUUUCUGUCCCAAAUGUCGGGGCCACUGUCGUCAUCACUUGCAUCAUCACCAUCUCCCCCGGAAUUGUGAGCUUUCGCCCAGACAGUGGCAGCGGCUACAGCCUUUCGUCGAGCGGUCUCGACAUUGUCAGUCUUUGAGGUAUAUGCCACAGCACUGCUCCACCACUGUACUUCCUUGUCCUGUGCUAUCCUCCAGAGAUGCUGCAAUGACAGUGUAGCGUUGAAUAUAAAGACAUCGAGUUCGGUUUCUUGAUCACCAGGACGGGGAAGCUCCAUAGUUGCAGGGACAAGAGGAAUCUGGCCAGCGAUGAGAACUAGUCUGGGACCUGAGGCCGAUGACUGGUUUGAUGUCACUGCAUCAUCACCUUGAUGACGCCUCGUAUUGGGUUGUGCAAUGAGAUUAAGGGGCAAUGUUAUGGCUUGACUGUAGGGACCAAUGUUGGCCGGUGCCCAGUAAGAACGGGACUGCACAUGCAGGCCAUCCCUCACAUUCGUGUCCAUAAUCGACGGAUUUGGAACGUCCAAGACGGACAAGGAAAUGUAGAUAUCGCACCCCGAAGGCAACAAGUUUCCACUCGAUAUGGUGACUCGAGAAGGCGGGUUCGGGGCUACAAAGAGAGAGCCGUAUACGGAGUUGACAGCAGGAAAGUCAGCCAUGCGCCGUAGAACGAUAGUUGCCGAGAUUAUGUUGGUGGCAGACAUUCCUCGCGCGGUCAGACGCCCACGAAUAUUAUCCGCGAUGAUUUGAGUUUCCUCUACGACAGACGAGGCAGUGCCAGCGCCCGCCACGAAAUUCCACUGCUCGAGUCUGGAGUAGCCAUGGGCGAGCGUGUUGCUUCCAUGCCAAUUGUUGAGGUUCUUCUGGUCUUUGACUAAGCCAGAUGCUUCACUAGACGCCGAGGAAACGGCUGCCAAGACCCCAGAAAAGCGCUCAUCCAGCAUCUUAGGAAAUCUGACCAGAGAUCGAAGCUUCUCCAGGCCAUUAUCACCAUCUUCUUGGGCGGUCUUCUCCACAACCUCGGCCUUGACUAUGCGAAGCCACGCGGUACCGCCUCCUUCCUUGAUGACCCUCUUGUCUUGAUCUUGGACGAGAAUCUUCUUUUUAAACAGACAACAGGGCCCGUCAACAACCAAGGUCUCGAACUCACCACCUUCGCCCAGGACGGCGCCAUCUCCGGCACUCCCACACCCGAAUCGAGACAUGGCCCUGACGAGCCUCGCAACACCCUUGAGGCUAGCGACGUCCUCCCAGAGAAAGUCCUCAUCCAGGCCGCCGCUCGCUACCUUGACGAUGCGCGCCUCGAGACCCGCAUUCGCCAUAUCGCGCAAUAGGUGGGCGCCGUCGUCACCCGGUACAGGGCCAGGCGACGUGGGCCCCGCGAUGGCUGGGUACUUCCACAGGUACGCGAGCGGCACAAGCCCCAGCCGCAACGCCACCGACUCGACACGCGUGCGCUGGUAGGUGCUCAGGAUGGCGCCGGCGCAAACUGCGUUGGCCUCUGGGUGGGCGGCCAUAACCCUCCUCAGGAGCGGUACCAUGCUCUCGGUCUCAUCCUCAUCGUGGUGCGCCACAGACCCUCCGUAGUCCCUCUUCGAGUCCCCGGCGCCACCGGUGAUGGCGUGACGGUAGAGUGGAAGCCCCGUGGCGUCUGCAUACAGCGGGAUCACUUCGUGGCCGACAGUCUGGUACAUGAAACUGUUGAGGUCCGCAUCUGCCUUGUCAGCCGGGAGGGGAGGAGGGUGCAGGUUAGCCAGGGCAACAACCCGAUGGCCGUUAGCAAGGCAGUGCAGCAGCGAAUAGAAGCUGUCCUUGCCUCCCGAGACAAGGGCGAUGACGUUGAGAGUGGCCAUGGGUACAGUAUUUUUGAGUCGAAUGGGUGGCUAGGCUUGCUAGGCUGUCUGUCUAGUUGGCCUGACUGAGAGGACUGCUCAGGUUCCCAGUGAAUAGACUUGCGUCAACCACUUUGGCUUCAGGUCUCGUGGGAUCUUUGUCUCUCUUGUCCCCUCCCGCCACUGCAAAAAAAAAACCUUGCGCUUGCUGUUAAUCCAGGCACUAGCGAAAUGCCAAAUGGUGUUCCUGGGGUCCGUCCUAGAGGAGGUUAGUAUUUAGACGGAAAAGAAAGCGUCGCGCUUGGGGCGAAUUGUGGCGGAAGAGUUUGUGCGCCGGCUUGUGAUCCGUGGGACGGAAGCGUACGCGAUUCGAUCAGUGAAGAAAGUGAGCGACGGGGCAAGUCGGGAAUUCCCCCACCGAGCGAGCGCGUGGGGUUGGCUGGCUUGGUGCAAUUGUUCCUGCAUCCUGAAUGAGUGCGAAAAAACCCCCGAAUAACUGAAGGAAA